GCUGUUUGAUUCCAGUCAAGCACUCGCACUCGCAUCUACUGGCAACAUGUCCAGCAUUCAGAAGCUCUCGAUCCAAGGCAUCCGCUCAUUCGACCAAACCGAGCGCGAAGUAAUCCACUUCUACACCCCCCUCACCCUCAUCGUAGGCCACAACGGCUCCGGCAAGACCACAAUCAUCGAAUGCCUGCGCUACGCAACCACAGGCGACCUGCCGCCCAACAACAAAGGCGGCGCAUUCAUCCACGACCCCAAGAUCGCCGGCGAGAAAGAAGUCAUGGCCCAGGUCAAGCUCGGGUUCACCUCGACGAGCGGCGUGCCUAUGAUUUGCACGCGCUCGAUGCAGCUCACCAUGAAGAAAACAACGAGGACGUUUAAGACGCUCGAGGGGCAGUUGCUCGUCACGCAGGACGGCAAGCGCACUACCAUCUCCACGCGCUGCGCAGAGUUGGACGCUCAAAUGCCGCAGUACUUGGGCGUUUCCAAAGCGAUCCUGGAUUAUGUCGUUUUCUGCCACCAGGACGAUAGUCUGUGGCCACUCUCAGAACCCGCGACGCUCAAAAAACGCUUCGACGAGAUCUUUGAGGCACUCAAGUUCACCAAAGCGCUCGAUGCAAUCAGAGCAUUACGCAAAGAACGCGCGACAGAGAUCAAGAUCCUGACCAACGACGUUGCGCAUUUCAAAGUCGACAAGGAUCGCGCGGAUAAACUACGCACGCGCAUCGAGACAUAUCAGCGGGAUAUCGAGUCGCUGACCGAGCAGGCCAGGGCGCUUAACCAGUCGAUGGAUAAAAACACUGCCGAGAUCGCGGCGCUGUUUAAGUCGAACCAGGGGUUUCAGAAAGUUCUUUCGGAUCUGAGCGAGAAGCGGAAUACUUUAAUCUCGCUGAAAGAGCAAGUGAUCAGACUGGAGCAGACGAUCGAGGCCAUGGACGAAUCUACAGAGGAACUGGAGGACCGACUCUCGUCAUUCGAGUCCCAUGUUCAAAAGCAGCAGGACGACCUCGAAAUUCUCGAAGAAAAAAUCAGAAAGACGCGCGCAGAUGUCGAGAUCGCCCGGCAAAAGCAUACCGACGCCCUAGGUCUGGAAGGCCGCUACCACGCCGCGGCCGACAGCCACGAAAAACUCAAGCGCCAGCGCGACGAGCUUAUAAAGACAAUCUCGCGCUCGUGCAGCAUAUCGGGCUUCAACACGUUUGAGUUUGACGACGACCAAGUCGCGCGGUUUCUCGAGCAGCUGAAAGAGACCACGCGGCAGUUGUCGGAGACGGUGGCGCGGGUUGUGAAGGAAGGCGAGUUUGAGGAAGAGAAAGCGCGGGGACAGCUCGAAGGCGCGCGGCGGGAGAAGUCCUCGGCGGAGAUGCAGAUCUCGUUGAAUGAGAAAACCGCGAGAACGCGCGACGAGGAGAAAGCGCGGCUGCAGACGCAGAUCGACGCGAUCUCGGCUGACGAGUCGGCGCUGCUGCUGGCAAAGGCCGCGGUCGAGAGCGCAAAGGCUAAGCUUGAGGAGGCCAAGACGGCGCUGGAGAAUAAGAAUUUUGGGGAGCUGAUUGCGGCCAAGACGAGUGAGCUGCGCGGUGUUGAGAUGGAGCUCGAGGACGUGACGAACGAGCUUACGGUUGCGAACCGGCAGAGUCAAGUGCGGGCAAAGAUGACGUUGCUCGUCGAUGAGGCGGAAAAGCACUCUCAGACAAUGUCUACACUCACUGAGGUGCAUGGCCCCCGGUUUCUCGAGCUUACUGGUAGUAGUCUGGAAAGGGUUAGUGCGCCCGAGGCAGAAGGUGCACUGAAGACCGCUGUGGAGAAUGCGCAAAAGAAGCUUGCAAAGGCGCGCGAGGAGAGGACACAGGCGCAGGACGAGCUGUCGCGGGUGGAGACAAAGUGCAGUAUUGCAAAGCAGGAUAUUCUGACAAAGGGCGAGCGCGCAGAGGCGGAUCUGGAUAAGUACGAGAGGAUGUUUGAGACGAGGGACAUUUCGAUUUACGAGGAGGAGUUGGAGGAUUUGGAGGAUGAUUUGGACAACAAGAAGCAGAAACUGGCGCGGUCCGAGUUUGCAAUCAGCUACUUUGAAGCCGCGGUGAAGUACGCGCGGAGCAACAAAAAAUGCUCACUGUGCAACCGCGAGCUGUGCAGUGACGACGAGGAGGAGAGGGACGAUCUUACGGUGAGCGAGUUGGUGGGGGUGAUUGAGACUCAGAUUGAUAGUUUUAAGGAGUUGCUGAAGGGCAAAGAGUUGGAGGAAGAGAGCGCGAGACUUGAUCGCGCGCGGGCGCUGGCGCCGCAGGUUGCGUCGAUUCGGGAGUUUAGAAAGCAGCUGCCGGGGUUGGAAGAGAAGUUUAAAGAGCUCGAGAUGCAGUUGAAGGAGAGUAACGAGAAGGUGAGUGUGUGCGAUGGUAAGGUGACCGAGGCUAAGCAGAAGCUGGAUGAACUCGAGAUGCUGCGGAAGCCGAUUUCGGAUCUUGUGCGGGCGACGCGCGAGCGCGAGGAGGCGCAUGCCGCGAUGGAUACGUACACGCAGCAACUUCCAGGCAACGGCGAGCCGUACAUGCGCGCGCUGGAGACGAUUGAGCGGGACCGGCGCGAGCUUUCUGACCGCGCGGCGGGGAUGCGGAAAGAACAGCAGCGGCUGGCGGACGAGCGCGAGCUUGCGCGCAGCCAGAUUUCGAUUCUGGACAACGAGGUGCGGGAUGCGCGGAUGCGGUUGUCUGCGCGGGAGCACGAGGUGCAGACGAAGAGCUCGUAUGCCGGGCGGAUGCAGGACGUUGUGCGGGAGCGGGACGCGGCGGUGCAGGGGGUCGAGCAGUUGAAGGUGAAGAUUGCAGGGGUUGAGAAUUCGAUCCGGGAGUUUGCCGGGCAACUUCGCGAGACGCAGGCGCACUAUCAGCAGCAGAUUGAGGCCGCGAGCGCGGAGGAGAGGAACGUGCGGAGGCAGUUGACGCAGUUUGAGAGCGUGCAACGCGACGUGGAGCAGUACGUUAUGGACAACGUCGCGGGCAAACUGGCCAAGUCUAUCGAGCGGGUGCAAAAAUACGAGGCGCGGGUGCAGCAGCUGACGGCGGAUCAAGAGGAGUACUUGCGGCAGCGAAACGGAUGCGAGCGAGAGCUUGCGAACGUGAAUUCGCAGAAGCGACGGAUUGCGGAUAAUAUCCAGCUACGGGAACUACGGGCGCGAGUGAGCGCGCAGGAGGAGCAGAUCCGCAAGCUGGAGGCGCUGGACGCGGAGCGCGAGAAGGACGCGUACGAGGACAAGAGCAAGAAGUUGCAGAUGCGGCAGACAAAGUUGACGGCGGAGUACGGCAAAAAGGUGGGAGAACUGUCGCAGCUGAACGACCAGGUGAAGGAAGGGCAGAGGGAGCUGCGGACGGAGUUUCUGAACGUGGACAGACUGUACCGCGAGAACCUGAUCCGGCUGAAGGUGACGACGACGGCGAGCGAGGACCUGGGGAAGUACAGCAAGGCGGUUGAGGGCGCGAUAAUGAAGUACCACAGUCUAAAGAUGGAGGAGAUCAACCGGAUCAUCGACGAGCUGUGGAAGAAGACGUACAGCGGGACGGACGUGGACACGAUCCUGAUCCGGUCAGAUGACGAGAGCGGGAAGGGCAACCGGUCGUAUAACUACCGGGUGUGCAUGGUGAAGCAGGACGUUGAGCUCGACAUGCGCGGGCGGUGCAGUGCGGGGCAGAAGGUCCUUGCGUCAAUCAUCAUCCGGCUCGCGCUGGCGGAGUGUUUUGGCGUGAACUGCGGCAUCAUCGCGCUGGACGAGCCGACGACGAACCUCGACCAGGAGAACGUGCAGGCGCUGGCGCGGAGUCUGGGGAGCAUCAUUGCUGCGCGGAAGAGGCAGAAGAACUUCCAGCUGAUCAUCAUCACGCACGACGAGGAGUUUCUGAGGUACAUGAACGGGUCGCAGCAUUGCGAGUAUUACUUUAGGGUCUCGCGGAACGAGCGGCAAAAGUCUCAGAUAGAGCGGCAGCGGAUGAGCGAGGUGUUUUAGGAUAUGAUUUGUUUUAGCUAGUUUUGAUAGUGAAUGAUAGCAGUGAUGAUACCCAGUUAGUUCUCGAUACCAGCGGCCUGGGGCAGUCGUCGCGAGCGGGGCCGCGUAGGGCGAGGAGCGAGUGC